AUGCCCGACCGGUGCCGGCUGCGCCUCCGGGUCUCGGGCGGGCACUGGGGGGCCACGCCGGCCACCCCAGCCCUGGGGAAGUGGACUGGGGUGACCGGGGAGCAGGCAGAGGGGGCGGCCCUGUGUGGGGUGCCGACUGCACCCCGUCGGGACCACGCCCACCGUGGCCGUGUCGGGGCCCCCACCCCGGGCGCCCCUGGAGUCCCCGCCAGCCCCGAGGCCUUGGUGCACCCGAGCUGGGCCCGAGCCCCGGGCGGGCAUGGCUGCCGCUCGGUGGCGGGCCUCGGACGCGGCCGGGCCGGGCUGCUUCCCCGGGAAGCUGGGGAAUCCUCCUCCUGCGAGGCUCUCGUGGAGACCGUGAACGACGGACAGUUCCACAGCGUGGAGUUGGUGAUGCUGAACCAGACCUUGAACCUGGUGGUGGACAAGGGCGCCCCCAAGAGCCUGGGGAAGCUGCAGAAGCCGCCCGCGGUGGGCGCCAGCAGCCCCCUCUACCUGGGAGGCAUCCCCACCUCCACGGGGCUCUCGGCCCUGCGCCAGGGCACGGAGCGGCCGCGCGGGGGCUUCCACGGCUGCAUCCACGAGGUCCGCAUCAACAACGAGCUGCAGGACUUCAAGGCCCUCCCGCCGCAGGCCCUGGGCGUCUCCCCCGGCUGCAAGUCCUGCUCCGUGUGCAAGCACGGCCUGUGCCACGCGCUGGAGAAGGACAGCGUCGUGUGCGAGUGCCACCCGGGCUGGGCCGGCCCGCUCUGCGACCAGGAGGCCCGCGACCCCUGCCUCGGCCACAGCUGCAGCCACGGCAAGUGUGUGGCCACGGGCCGCUCCUACGUGUGCAAGUGUGCCGAGGGCUACGGGGGGCCCCUGUGUGACCACAAGAACAACUCCGCCAGCGCCUGCUCGGCCCUCAAGUGCCACCACGGGCAGUGCCACGUGUCGCGUGACGGGGAGCCGCACUGCGUGUGCCAGCCCGGCUUCAGCGGGGAGCACUGCGAGCAGGAGAGCCCAUGUGUGGGCGAGGUGGUCCGCGAGGCGGUGCGCCGGCAGAGGGGCCACGUAUGGUGUACCACGGCCUCCAAGGUGCCGGUGCUGGAGUGCCGGGGGGGCUGCGGGCCCCGGUGCUGCGGGCCGGUGCGCAGCAAGCGGCGCAAGUACGUGUUCCAGUGUCCGGACGGCUCGUCGUUCGUGGAGGAGGUGGAGAGGCACCUGGACUGCGGCUGCCGGCCCUGCUCGUGAGCCCGGCCCCGGCCCCGAGAGCCCCAGACAGGACGCGAGACGAAGAGAGUAUUAAGUAUAUUGUAAAAUAAACAAAAAAUAGAACUUAUUUUUAUUAUGGAAAGUGACUAUUUUCCUCUUUUAUUAUAUAAAUCUGUCACACCGUCUGAGUGUAUGGACCCUCCAGUGCGUUGUACCCCGGUUUUGUGUUGUGCUGUGUAUUUGUUGUGUUUUGAUAAAGACAAGACAGACUAAUAAAACAUGUUGAAAACAAAAG